AUGGCACCAACUUUUAAUGCACAACUGCCAAUACCUCCUGGAAGUAAUCUUUUCAAGUUGAGAUCAAGUUUGUCCAGUUCUGGAAAUAAUUCAAAACUCGAAAGAUCAGAAAUGGAAUUGGAAAUUUUGGAAAAUGUGAAAAUUGUAAAGGAAAAUUUUAAUUCUCAAGACAAAAUUCCUAUUCGAAUUGGAUUUACAAAGAAGAAUGUGGUGGAGAAUGUAGAAAAUUUGAAAGAUUCGGUGAAACCAUACAAUUCGGUUAAAUUAUUCGAAAAUAGUUUAGGAUAUGUUUAUGAAGAUCAUUGGAAUGUUGAAGAGUUUCGUCCAUUGUUGAAUUCCACAUUGAUUUCUCCAUCUUCACUUCCAGUUUCUGCUUCUUUAGAAGAAUCACAACCUGAAGCAAUUCCAGAAAGUUCAAAAUCAGAAACGAAUCCACCACUUGAAACUAUUCCAACCGAAACUAUUCCUCCAUCCGAAGACUCAUCCAAAUCAAAUUCAGAAGAUAAAUCCAAAUGGAGAAACAGAAUUCUCGAGAAAUAUCCAGUCAUUCAAGAAUUACAAGAAAGAAUCUAUCCAUUAUGGAGAACAAUUUCAUUUGGCGAAGUUUACAAUGCAGGUCAGAAACAAGUAAGAGAAAAUUUAACAGAAGAUGUUGUUUUGAAUAUUUUGAUGCAACAUUUGAGAUUUGAAGGAUUGAAGAGGACUAUUUCAGAAUUGGAAAAGGAAACUAAACGAAAGUAUUUGGAUAUUGAUGUUCAACAGAGUUUAUUGCAUGGAUUGGCAAAGGAAGCAGUGAAGAAAACUGAACGUUUGCAUGAUUUGGUCAUUUUCGACAAGUUUCAACAUUCGGCCAAUGUACAAAAGAAUAAGAAUUCAAUUAUGAAGGCAUUGGAAGAAAGUUUGAAUGAUUUGGGAAUUAAUGAAUAUGGACAUGUGACAGAAUCUGAAAAGGAGAAUUUGAGUAAGUGGAAGGAAAUUGUUGGAGGUCAGAAUGAAAUUGUCCACGUGGAUCCAGUUAAGAAAUAUGAACAAUUCCAAGCUGGUACUUUGAAUAGAAUUCUUGAAAAGUUGACCUCCUUAACAACAGAUCAACAGAGUUCACUAUUUGUGGAUGUUUUCCUUCAUACUUACUUGUCUCUGAUUUCAGCCGAAACUGUUCUGAAUCGUCUCAUUCAGAAAUGCAAAAAUUUGCCAAAGAAUCAUUCACAAGAAUCGAAAAAUAAUAUUCAGGCAGGAAUUCUCAAAUUCUUGCACUAUUGGAUGGAACAACAUUCGCAACAUUUCACCAAUAACAUGAUUGCCAAGGUGCAAAAGUUAUUGAACCAUGAAAAUCAUAAUAAUUCCUCACCUAAAUUCAUCAAAUUGAGAAAGGAUAUUUUACAACACAUUGAACAAGGUCAAUCCACUGAAAAGAAAAAUCCAUCGAGUGUCAAUGUCAAUUAUAUUGAACCUAAAGUGCCAAUGCAAAAGAUUUUCUGUGAAACUCUUUCAUUGGAUGAUAUAGAUGAGGAGGAAAUUGCAAGACAAUUAACACUUUAUGAAUAUGACUUGUUUGUCGCUAUUGGAUUGGAAGAAUUAAUGAGUUUCGGAUGGAAACGUUUGAAAUUCAAACACAGAUGUCCAAAUAUCAACAAAUUGUUAAUUCAUUUUGAAAAUGUCACCAAAUGGAUUAGUUUUUCAAUUUGUAAACCAAAAUCUAAAAAUCCAAUCAAGAGAUGCAUUUCAAUUUGUGAACAUUUGAAAAAAUUGAAUAAUUUCAACACACUCAAAGCUAUCCUAAAUGCUUUCGAAUAUGGCGAGGUCAAAACCUUAAAAAUUAAUCAAUCAGAACAAGCAAACAAGAUGAAAUUCCAACAACUCAUGUCUGAAGAAUCAAAUUACCAAGAAUACAGACAAACACUCAAAGAAUCAUCUGAGGAAAACACAUCAAUCAUUCCAUACGUCAGACUUCAUUUAAGAGAUUUAUUUCUAGUGGAAGAAAAUCAAAAUGAUUUUGUAAUUGGACCAAAUUCAAUUGAAUUUAUUAAUUGGAUGAAGAGAGAAUCAAUGUAUGAUAUUGUAAAGGAAAUUAAAUAUUUCCAAUCGUUGCCUUGUUAUCAAUUUACAAAAGUUUAUCAAAUUCAAGAAUUACUUAGAAAUAUUCAAAUUGAAUAA